UGCAUCUAAUGUAGAAUGUAGAGAGAGAGAGAGGGGAAAGGGAAUUAAUUAAAUUUGUGUUAAGAGGAAAAUUGAUUGGAUUGGAUUGGAUUGGGGAAGAGAGGAGAGGGGUUGGUUGGUGCAGAAGGCGCAGCCCUAUUAGCCGACCCAAAUAGAGAGAGGGUCUUCUGGAGCCGACUGAAAUGUCGUGCUUAACAGAACACUGUAAAGCUGAUCCCACUCUGCCUCAUAUAAGCCUCAGAAGAUGUCUCUGUUUCCACCGCAGAUAUUCUCUCUCUCACUCUCUCUCUCCUUUCCCAUAAAACCCCCCUUCAGGCUUCACCCACCCACUCCACACCAAAACCUUCUCACUCUCACACAUCAUCAUCAUCAUCAUCACCAUCACCAUCACCACUCCUCCCAUUUUCAAAAAAAUCUCAACUUGCUCACACUCUCGCAACCCACCCAAUGCCAUCGUCGAAUUCCGGCGAGAGCCGCAGAGCGGCCAAGCCUCAAACCUCCGCCGGAGCUCCUCCUCCGCCGGAGCAAGAGAACCUCCCCUGCCCCCGCUGCGACUCCACCAACACCAAGUUCUGCUACUACAACAACUACAACUACUCCCAGCCGCGCCACUUCUGCAAGGCCUGCCGCCGCUACUGGACCCACGGCGGCACCCUCCGCGACAUCCCCGUCGGAGGCGGCAGCCGCAAGAACGCCAAGCGCUCCCGCACCCACCACUCCGCCACGUCAUCGUCCUCCUCCUCGAUGACGUCAGCGCCGGACCCUACUGUACCUGCAUUGGCACCCAUCGCCACGAGCCAAGGGGGGUCCAUGCAGUUCGGAGUUGACGGCGACGUCAAACAGAGUAACGUCAGCGUCUGCGGGAGCUUCACUUCGUUGCUGAACAACACCCAGGGCUCUGGCUUUCUGGCCCUCGGCGGGUUUGGGCUUGGGCUUGGACACGGCUUCGACGACAUGGGCUUCGGGAUUGGGAGGUCGGGUUGGGCCUUCCCUGGAAUGGUCGACGGGGGUAACAUUGGCGGCGGCGUUGCGGCUUCCGGCGUCAACACGUGGCAGUUAGAAGGUGGCGAGGGUGGGUUCGUUGGUGGAGAUUGCUUCUCUUGGCCUGGACUUGCCAUUUCAACACCGGGGAAUGGUCUUAAAUGAAUUGCAUUUUUUUUUAAUGGUUUGGGUGCAAUGGAGGGUGUGCUUGAGGUUCAUGUUUAGGGUUACUAUUUCCAGGGUAUAAUCAUCUGUGAAAUUUGAAGGACAGCUAUGACUUUUUUUUUCUUUUUUCUUUUUUAUCUUUUAUUUUUUGUUUUUGCUUAAUUUUACUUCUUUGAAUUGUCUAGUUCUGUGUAUGUUUACUUGCUACUAAGCUGUGUGAUUCAAUUAGUAACUGACGUCAUUAGUGUUCUA